CCUCUUUACAAAUUCUUUAAACACAAAACACAAAACACAAUAUUGUGUGUGUACGUAUAACAAAAAAAUGGCUGUGAAAGAUAAAGCUGUGAAAGGUGGAAAUGUGAAGGUGAAUAAUGGAGUUAAAGAAGUUCAUUACAGAGGUGUAAGAAAGAGGCCAUGGGGUCGUUAUGCUGCUGAGAUCCGUGACCCGGGUAAGAAGAGUAGGGUCUGGUUGGGUACUUUCGACACGGCGGAGGAAGCGGCAAAAGCCUAUGACACCGCCGCUAGAAAGUUUCGUGGACCCAAAGCUAAGACGAAUUUCCCCUUUGCGUCGGAGAUUAAUAAUAAUACUCAGAGCCCGUGUCAAAGCAGUACCGCGGAAUCAUCUAGCGGAGAAACUGGUGUUCACGCGCCUCACACGCCGCAAGAGUUGGAUCUAACGCGCCGUCUUGGCGCUGUGGUCGCUGAAGGCGGACGAGCUGGGUUCCCGAUUUUCCAGCAGCAACCGACGGUGGCCGUUCUGCCGAACGGUCAGCCGGUUUUGCUUUUCGAUUCUAUGUGGAGACCGGGAGUUGUUAACGGGGGUCAGAUGCCGUACCCGGUAGCGCCUGUUGCGAUGGAGUUCGCCGGCGCCGGCGCCGGAGUUGUUUCUUGUGUGUCGGAUUUGUCCUCCGUUGUGGAAGAGAAUCAGUGUGUUGCGAAAAAAGGACUUGAUCUUGAUCUUAACCUUGCGCCACCCAUGGAAGUUUAAUUGAAUAACGAUAAUCUAAUUUUGUGGAAGAGAACUAAUGGCUGAUUUUUGUAUAUACGUUUUAAUAGAAUCUGUUCGUUUUUUUUUCUUUUUUUGCAGCUGAGCAGUGUUGUUAUGAUGCUUCUCUUGCUGUUUCUAUCAUUUUUAACUCAAAUCCUUUUGGUUAAUGAGAAAAUUCGUGUUUUCUCCUUUGCUAA